AUGCCCUCAGCAGUGCUCGGAGAUGCCCACGGGAUCGCUGUGCUCGAUUUUGGAGCGUUCUUGGACGGCUCCGCCAGAGAAGACGUCGCGAGAGCCAUGGUUGACUCGUUCAAACGCGUCGGGUUCGUGUAUCUCGUGAACCACGGCAUACCUAAAGACAAGAUAUGCACCAUGUUCGAUUGGUCGAAGCGCUUCUUCGCGCAGCCGAUGGAGGUCAAGCAGCUGGCUCCUCACCCGCCCUCCGGGACGCAUCACAGAGGCUACUCUGCCCCGGGGGUCGAGAAAGUGGUGCAGCAUAUCUACGAUAAGGACGCGCUGCAGGAGGUCCGCGCCAAGGCCCCGGACGUGAAAGAGAGCUUCGAGUGUGGCUGGGAGGAGAGCGAGUCCAUGCCGAACAUCUGGCUCCCGGACGAUACCUUGCCCGGCUUCAAGGAAGCUUGUCUUGACUUCUAUUGGACAUGUCAUGAAACAGAGCUCAAUAUUCUCCGGGCCCUCGCAGCAGGCCUGGGCAUCUCCGAGGACCAUCUCGUCCCAUACCACAACGCGCACGACUGCCAGCUGCGAUUGCUGCACUAUCCCAGUGUGCCUGCGCAAGAUCUGCUCGAGGAGAAGAUCUCGCGGAUCGACGCGCACUCGGACUUUGGCUCGAUCACGCUUCUUCUGCAAGACGACGUGGGCGGACUGGAGAUCGAGGACCCACACAAUCCUGGCCAAUUCCUCACCGCCCCUCCCGUCGAAGGCGCGCUCAUCGUAAACGCAGGCGACUUCAUGAUGCGCUGGUCGAACGAUGUGAUCCGCAGCACGGUGCAUCGUGUGCGCGCCCCACCCCAGAUGAAGGUCGUCAACGGAAUGACACCCGAGCGGUACUCGAUCCCAUACUUCUGCGCCCCGGAUAUGUCAAUGGUCGUCGAGUGCCUGCCAGGCACGUACUCGGCCGAGAAACCGCCAAAGUACGAGCCAAUAUCCGCUGGCCAGUACAUCCUGCAUCGUCUUGCGGCAAGCUACUGA